CGGGGCAAAACCCAGAGCUGGACAAGGGUCGGUCAGUAAGUCGCCGCGCCGGGCGCGGGGAGCAGGCGGAUCCUCUCCUCGCGCCCGCCUCUGGGUUUGAGGCCCCGAGGUCAGCUCCGCUCCCGGCACCGCGCCCGGCGCGGGUCCGAGCCGCCAACUUCGGGCCAAUCAGCGCGCGGCGUCUCUGAGACCGCAGCGCCCCAGCUCGCGCCCCCCGCGCCCCCGCGGCAGCAAUGGCAGCAGCGGCCGCGGCGGCUCCGGGCUGAGCCAGACCCGGGACUAGGAGGGGCUGAGCCGCGGGGGAUCCUGGAAUCGGCGGGGAGGUGGGGAUUCUGGGAGGAAAACUCCAUUUCCUCCUUCCCCGCCGGCCUCUCCCCUCCAUCCCAGCACCCCAAAUUUCGAUGUGUCGCCGCCCGGGCGCAGAGCGCUGGUGCUGAGCGAGGCGGCGGCGGCCGCGGCCGGGAAAAUGCUGGGCAUGUACGUGCCGGACAGGUUCUCCCUGAAGUCCUCCCGAGUUCAGGACGGGAUGGGGCUCUACACGGCCCGCAGAGUGAGAAAGGGUGAAAAGUUUGGACCGUUCGCUGGAGAGAAGAGAAUGCCUGAAGACUUGGAUGAAAAUAUGGAUUACAGGUUGAUGUGGGAGGUUCGUGGGAGUAAGGGAGAAGUUCUAUACAUUUUGGAUGCUACCAACCCACGACACUCCAACUGGCUUCGCUUUGUUCAUGAGGCGCCAUCUCAGGAGCAGAAGAACUUGGCUGCCAUUCAGGAAGGAGAAAACAUUUUCUAUUUGGCAAUUGAAGAUAUAGAAACAGAUACAGAGCUUCUGAUUGGCUACCUGGACAGUGACAUGGAGGCCGAUGAGGAAGAACAGCAAAUUAUGACAAUGAUCAAAGAAGGGGAAGUUAAAAAUUCUAAAGGACAAUCAACAGCUGGCAGAAAAGAUCGCCUUGGCUGUAAAGAGGACUAUGCUUGUCCCCAGUGUGACUCGAGUUUUACCAGUGAGGAAAUUCUUGCUGAGCAUCUUCAGACCUUGCACCAGAAACCUACCGAGGAGAAAGAAUUUCAGUGCAAGAGCUGUGGGAAGAAAUUCCCAGUUAAGCAGGCUUUGCAAAGACAUUUUGAGCAGCACCAGGAGACCUGCCGGGGAGAUGCCAGGUUUGUGUGCAAGGCUGACAGCUGUGGGAAGAGGCUGAAGAGCAGGGAUGCCCUCAGAAGGCACCAGGAAAACGUCCAUGCUGGAGAUCCUAAGAAAAAGCUCAUAUGUUCAGUGUGCAAUAAAAAGUGUUCUUCAGCACCAAGCCUACAGGAACAUAGAAAGAUUCAUGAGAUAUUUGAUUGUCAAGAAUGUAUGAAGAAAUUUAUUUCAGCUAAUCAGCUAAAACGUCACAUGAUCACUCACUCAGAAAAACGACCCUAUAAUUGUGAGAUUUGUAAUAAAUCUUUCAAGAGGCUCGAUCAAGUGGGCGCCCACAAAGUAAUACACAGUGAAGAUAAGCCUUACAAAUGCAAGCUUUGUGGAAAGGGCUUUGCGCACAGAAAUGUUUACAAGAAUCACAAGAAGUAUGACAUGGAUUGUGAGAGGACUUUCAAGUGCCAUCACUGUGACGCUACCUUUAAAAGGAAGGAUACCUUGAAUGUUCACGUCCAGGUGGUCCAUGAAAGACACAAGAAAUACAGAUGUGAGCUAUGUAAUAAGGCAUUUGUUACACCGUCAGUGCUUAGAAGUCAUAAGAAAACACAUACAGGAGAAAAGGAGAAAAUCUGCCCAUAUUGUGGCCAGAAAUUUGCCAGCAGUGGUACACUGAGAGUUCAUAUCCGUAGCCACACAGGUGAGCGUCCCUAUCAAUGCCCUUACUGUGAAAAAGGAUUCAGCAAAAAUGAUGGACUGAAGAUGCAUAUUCGUACUCACACCAGGGAGAAGCCAUACAAGUGCUCAGAGUGCAGCAAAGCCUUCAGCCAGAAGCGAGGCCUGGAUGAGCACAAGAGGACGCACACUGGAGAAAAACCUUUUCAGUGCGAUGUUUGUGACUUGGCUUUUAGCCUAAAGAAAAUGCUGAUCCGACACAAGAUGACUCACAAUCCCAAUCGUCCACUGGCAGAAUGCCAGUUUUGCCAUAAGAAGUUUACAAGGAAUGACUACCUCAAAGUGCACAUGGACAAUAUCCACGGGGAAGCUGACAGCUAAUGGUAGCUGUAAAGGAAUUAAACCAUUUAGAAGGGCUCCUAAUAUGAAACCCAGAUUUCUCUCACCUGAUUAGCAUAGCAGAAGUAGCUAAAAGUAAUUCACUGGUCCCAUAGUUCUUAUUUGCCUACCGUUAGAGUUUGUAGAUGCUUAUGCAAAAACAGAAGAGAAAAAACGAGAGAAAAAAAGAAAGAAGAAAAUCCUACUUCUACCAAAAAAUGGUACAAAUGGAAAAGAAAACUUUGUAGCCUUGCAAAAUACUUCUUGGGCUCUGUUUUAUAAAAUGGAAAAAGGAGUCAUGGCUUUCCUUCUUGGCCACCCCUCUGUAAUGAAGUUUAGUAACAUACACUUUAUUAGACCUUUUUAUUUUAUUGUCAUCUUUGUGUGUGUGUGCAUGUGUGCGUAUGCUGGUUAUUACAACUGGCUACUACUGAUUUAGCCAGAAUGAAAUUAAUAUACCAAAAUAUUUCAUUGCAGAUGAGGAUAAGGUCAAGAGUUUUUAAAGUAUCAAGCAUAUGAUAACAGGAUAAAACUUGCUAUUUUGUGAAACAGACCAAAAGUUGACCUUAUUUAUAGCUCCCUACAACAGUUCGGUUUAAAAUAAAGAGGUAUUUAAGAACUAAAGCAUCUAUUGAAUUAUUCUCCUUUUAGACAAUUCUUAAUAAGAGAAACAUUAUUUCCUCUAAUCGUUUAGAUGCAGACAUUCAUGGUCUGCAAUGCUUACAUAAGAUCUGUACAAGACCAGACACUUAAAUAUAUAUCAAACGGAUCCUCCCGAGUUUAUACUGGUUAUCUUUAGAAGUUAACAAUAUACAAAUACAUAUAGCUAAAAGUUGAAACAAAAUAGGUUCUCAGUGUUUGUUGACUGACAGAGCGUCAGCACAUAGUGGCAUUACAGUAUUAGUUAUGAUGAACCUAGCCCUUUACCUUCUCAUUCCAUAAAAGUCACAGAACAUGUGGGUGCAAAUGUACUAGAGUCCUCAGAGCAUUAACAUUCUGUUUGGCAAAAGACAUUUUCCAGAAUCUUGGCUGUAGGUGAUUCUGAAACACUUUUGAAUUACCCUCAAUUGUCCUAUGUGAUUAGGAAUCCAGAAUAAAAAAUACAAAUCUGGCAAUUGUUAUGAUUGUAAUUAUCACUGAUGCUUAAGGGAAAUUGGAGCAAGAAGCUUAAUUUCUUCCUUUAGGUUAUAUUUCAGUAACAUACUUGAAAGCAUACAAUAAGCAACUUGUUUUGGGAGAAGGUAUGAUAAAAUAUAAUAGUGAUGUCAAAAGAGUAUAAAGGAAUCCAAAACCAGAAGAAAAUCAAAAUGAAGUCCAAAUCAUGAUUUUUUCUACUUAAUGCUCAGUCAAAAAGAGGAGGUAUAAUUUUAAGGAAAUUGGUUCUAAUGAUUUAAGGAGAAAGGUUAUCUGAAGACACGGUUCUUUGAAGUCAGGAAUCUUGUUUUAGAAUUAUAUUUUUGCUCAGUUCCAGUUUUGAAAGGAAACAUAAAGAUUCAAUAUAGAGAUUUAAACUCUGUAAAAGUACUAAAUUUGAAAUUCACCAGAGAUAGCUUUAAAAAAUAUAAAUCUCAGAUUAUAAUUUAGAAGAUAUCUAAGUAUGAUUGUAUGUAGCAUUUUUGUAUCUGAAAUUAUAGACUGUAUUUGAUAAAAAUAGAUUUUGGUCUUGUUUCUCACUCUGUCAUUUGUUUCAACAGUGUAUUUUUAGAUCUAAAGUGUUUUCAAUUUAACAUGACAGUCUGUUUAAUAUCAUUUGAAUAUAAAAGGACAGCUGUAAAAUUGGGUAGUGUGUAUUAUUUAAACACGUUCCUUCCUUUGGAUGCUACCUCCUCUUACGGGAUGCUUCAUAUCCUGAUUAUGUGAUGAAUGUGAAGCUUGAAAAGAAGCCAAAUUCAGUUUUGUACAAUCUUGAUGACUCACAAUUUACAGAUCUGGUGUAAUUGGAAAUUACCCUUGAAACCAUGUUGUCUCCAUGUUGCCGAAUAAACUGAUGAGCAAGAGGUGCUGGGCCUUAUCAGGCUGAAGGUUCAUAGUCAAGGAAACUUUAGAAAAUG